AUGUUGAGCUCUUUCAAGAACCUCCCGUGGAUGGAGCGCGCGAGUUCACACCAACCCGCGUUGAAUUCGCCCACAAAGCAGAAAGCUGAGCCUCCACCAACCGGAUUGCAGGCCUUGGUAGAAGAUGGACCCCCCAGACUUAAUGGUAGCGACAAGUUUUUUGGGAUGGAGAAUGUAGUUGGCUUUGGAAAUACUUGCUACUGCAAUUCAAUUCUACAAUGUCUAUACUACUCGAAACCUUUCCGAGAAAGUGUCGUCAAUUUUCCCCACAGAUCUCAGCUUCCCGGUCAACCCAAUGGAAGCAUAUCCGGGGGACACAACGCGCGACAACUUGCGAGGGUCAGCACCGAACCUGCAUUAUCAACCCCGGCUUCCCCAACCGGACUUCUCCGGAAUAAUAUACCAAAGCCAACUGCGGGAGGGAAAGAGGAUUUGAAAAGGCAGAAACAUCUGCCUCUAGCAGCUAGUUUGACCAAUAACCCUAUGGGUUCGGGCGAAAACAAGGAUACACCAGAAGCGAAAAAGAAACAAGCGUUAUUGAACGGUCCUGUCUUAAACGUUGAUCAAUCAAACAAUGCUGCGUAUGGUAUGGAGGAGAACUUAUUUUCUGGACUGAAGGAUAUUUUUGAGGCCAUCAUGGGGCAUGAGUCGCGGACAGGGGUUGUCAAUCCUGCAAAGUUUUUAGAGAUUCUAAGGAGAAAAAAUGAUAUGUUCAGUGGCCAGCAACACCAGGACGCUCACGAGUUUCUGAAUUUUGUCUUGAAUCAGGUCAUAGAGAACGUUGACGACUACCAGAAGAAGAAUGGAUUAAGAAAUGGAAGCCUGGCGGCGGCGCCCCCAUCGCAAUCGUCCGGCUCGUUGACACCUGUAAAUUCGUCUUCCGCUGCUUCAACGGCAUCCAUGACCUCCGCAUCAGCGGCUGGUUGGAUUCAUGAGCUGUUUGAAGGUCUCAUCAGUUCCGAGACUAAAUGUCUCACUUGCGAGAACGUAUCACGACGAAACGAACCGUUCCUCGACCUGUCAAUCGAUCUGGAGAAGAACUCGUCGGUGACAUCGUGCUUGCGGAACUUCUCCGCGUCGGAAAUGCUGUGUGAACGCAACAAGUUUCACUGUGACACUUGUGGGGGGUUGCAGGAAGCCGAGAAGCGAAUGAAGAUUAAGCGGCUACCGAAGGUUCUUGCGUUACACUUGAAACGAUUCAAGUACAUGGAAACUUCACAACGUUUCGAGAAGCUACACUAUCGAGUGGUAUACCCCUAUCACCUGAGAUUAUUCAACACGACAGAUGAUGCAGACGAUCAAGAUAGGUUGUACGAACUAUACGCUGUGGUGGUUCACAUUGGCGGUGGCCCAUAUCAUGGACAUUAUGUAGCCAUAGUCAAGACUGAGGACAAAGGCUGGUUGCUUUUUGAUGAUGAGCUCGUCGAGCCGGUGGACAAGGCCUAUGUAAGAAACUUCUUUGGUGAGCGUCCCGGAAUGGCAUGUGCGUACGUCUUGUUUUACCAGGAAACAACCUUGGAGGCGGUUCAAAGGGAAAUGUGGGCGGAACAGCAGCAAGAAGAAGAAGCCGCACGGGCGGCGGCCGACGCAGCAAGAGCCGAAGCAAAGUUAAAAUCAACGGUCGUAGGCGCUCAUAUGAAUGGACAUGCUAGUAGAGGGUCGGUUGGCGCAGAACUGAAGGAGAAUCAUUUACCUCCUUUGAAUCUUUCGAACCCUCCCACGAUGAGCACAGAGAUCCCUGUUGAUCCCAGUCGGAGACCACCCAUUGAUUCUCCUGAUCAAAUCCCUCCCGGUACACCGGGCCAGAAGACCAAGAAGAAGGAGAAGGAGAAGCGGGAGGAGAAAGAGAAAGAGAAGGCAGAAAAGAAAGAUAAGGGAGAAACUAGCUAUCACGCUGGCAUGAAUCGGUUCCGUUCCACUAGCAAAAGUCUUCGCGGGCCACCAAAAUGGCUAGGAGGUGAUGGCAAGGGGAAGAAAGACCGGGAACGGAAUGUAUCUUUCUCCUACGAGAAUGGAGAUGUGUCCCCCUUGCAAGCCGUCCCGGCAUUACCUAGCACACCAACAUCGAUAAUGUCCCCAUCGCUUCCGCCCACGAACGAGCACCGGGAGCUGAAUGGGACGAACGGAGGUCUGAACAAACUUGAUGAACCAGAACGGGAACGGGUAAAGGAACUCGAUAGAGAGAUGCUUGAAAAUGGGCAUGCCGGAAAAGAAGAAAAAGAUAAGAAGAAGAAGGAAAAAGAAGCAAAGGCGAAACAUCGAACUAGCUUUUUCGGCUUGCGGAAGAAAGCAUCGAUUGCAUUGAAUGUGGGCGCACACGAUUGA